AUGCUAGGGAAGGGCAAGGGCACCAGUUACACGAAACGACAUACCACCAGACGCACCGGCCACGGAACACGGGCCCAAAGCAGGUAGAUAAAGUGUCGGAGUGUCCUAUGCCGUUGUUCCCCAAUGGUAAUUUUUUCGCGGAUUUCUAGGGUCAUAAUCAGCCCGACGAGGGAGUGGGCGGUUGAAAUAAAUGAGAAGGCGUUGAUAGAGGUCUGGCUAUGUUAUAAGAUGAACCCAUGGCUCAGCAGCUUGAUAAUACUAGGCGCCCUGGCAAAUCCACCAAAACCGACCAAGAGCACUGUGGAGAUAUCCUUUAAAGCACGAACUCCAAUAGGGAAGUACUACGCUGUUCAAGUCUCCCUAAAAGAUAGUUUCAACAAACGCCUCCAUAACAAACUCUAUCAAGACCCUCAGCCAAAUUCAAUAAAAAACGGUAUAACCCUUGACACCUGCAGAAGGCCAUCGAUAGACGGGCCCUUGCAGUUGUCAAAUCCCACCGAGCUGAAUGAGCACAGCAACCUCCUCGGCGGCGUGCAAGCAGGAAAAGGCCCAGGUCACUUCCUCCCCUGA